AUGGCUGGCCCCAAGGUCAUGCUGAUCAACCCUCUCAACGCCAACCCAUCUUCCUCCCCCGGCGCCUCUCACUUUCCUGUGCGUAAAAAUCUCCACGAGGAGGAUUCUUGGAGGAUCGUUUUCGCUGCAGCGGCCAUCUUCGCUGCCUCGCCCUCCGCAGCGCAACGUGCGCACCGGGCGGAGGCGGCCGCCGAUCGGCCCGCGGAGCGAUGCGCGGCGCGGAGGAGCCGCAGAUCGCGGAGGACAUGUCAGUGUACGGCUAAAACAGCUGUUUCCUGGAUCCCAGUUUCUUCACUGAUCCCUUUCCUUCCUGGUCUAGAAGAAGAGGAUGGAGUCCUGGAAGAUCUGGAGGAGUUUUAUCCCGAGGAGCAGGUGAACACCCAGAAGAAGAAGAAGAAGGCCAAGAAGCUGAAGGAGAACAAGGCAUCUAAAGUCAAGAGGAAGAAGAAGGAGGGGAACCACGAGGAUGAAAUCUCCGAAAACGAAGAGGAAGCUGGAGAGAAUUCAGAGAGUGAAGGCAGCGACUAUUCCCCCAACAAGAAGAAGAAGAAGAAGCUGAAAGAGAAGAAGGAGAAGAAGGCCAAGAGGAAAAAGAAGGAGGAGAACGAGGAGGAGAGCGAAGAAGGAGGCUUAAAACAGCCACCAGAACGCCAUGGGUACAAGGAUGACUACAGCCAGGAGCCCAAGACCUCGGCUCAGCUCAUGGAGGAGUGGGGUCUGGAUGACGUGGACUAUGCCUUUUCCGAAGAAGACUAUCACAUGCUGACAAACUACAAGGCCUUCAGCCAGUUUCUCAGACCUUUGGUUGCCAAAAGGAACCCCAAAAUCCCCAUGUCCAAGAUGAUGACUGUUCUGGGUGCCAAGUGGAGGGAGUUCAGCGCCAACAACCCCUUCAAAGGCAGCUCUGCUGCUGCUGCUGCAGCUGCCAUAGCGGCGGCUGUCGAAACCGUUGCCAUAGCUCCGGCGCCACUGACCAUCAGCCCCCAGCAACUGCUGCCACCACCACCCGCCAUCAGGAAAGCCAAAACCAAGGAGGGAAAGGGUCCCGGCGUGCGGAAAAAAAUUAAGAACACCAAAGAGAUCAAGAAGAAAGGGAAAGGGAAGAAAGUGGGGGCUCUGAAAUUCCGCUUUGGGGGAAUCGCCAACAAGAGGAAAAAGGGCUCCUCGAGCGAGGAGGAGGAACGGGAGGAAUCUGACAGCGCCAGCAUCAAUAGCUCCUCAGUGCGCUCCGAGUCCUCUGCUGUUCUGGGCAAGAGGGGAAAGAGGCGGAAGAAGAAGAAGAAAAUUGAGGAAGGAGACGGCUAUGAGACAGACCACCAGGAUUACUGCGAGGUGUGCCAGCAAGGAGGGGAGAUCAUUCUCUGUGACACCUGCCCUCGGGCCUACCACCUCGUCUGUUUGGACCCAGAGCUGGAGAAGGCGCCAGAAGGGAAGUGGAGUUGUCCACAUUGUGAAAAAGAAGGAAUCCAAUGGGAGCCGAAGGAAGAGGAUGAGGAGGAAGAGGAGGUCGGUGAGGAAGAGGACGACCACAUGGAGUUCUGCCGCAUCUGCAAGGACGGAGGGGAGCUCCUUUGCUGCGACACCUGCCCGUCCUCCUACCACCUGCACUGCCUCAACCCACCUUUGCCGGAGAUACCAAAUGGUGAAUGGCUCUGCCCCCGUUGUACAUGCCCGCCACUGAAAGGGAAAGUGCAGAGGAUCCUCCACUGGAUCUGGCAGGAGCCCCCAGCCCCGCUCGCGCCAGCCUUGCCUUCAGCGGAUCUGGAGCUGGCUGCCCUGCCACCGAAGCCUCUGGAGGGGAUCCCCGAGAGAGAGUUCUUCGUGAAGUGGGCAGGACUGUCCUACUGGCACUGCUCCUGGGUUAAAGAGUUGCAGCUGGAGCUCUACCACACUGUGAUGUUCCGCAACUACCAAAGGAAGAACGAUAUGGACGACCCUCCGGCUUUCGACUACGGCUCGGGCGACGAGGACACCAAGAUAGAGAAGAGGAAGAGCAAAGACCCCGAGUACGCCAAGAUGGAGGAGAAGUAUUAUCGCUACGGGAUCAAACCUGAAUGGAUGAUGAUUCAUCGUAUCCUCAACCACAGCUUUGACAGGAAAGGAGAUGUCCACUAUCUGAUCAAGUGGAAGGACCUGCCGUAUGAUCAGUGCACCUGGGAGGUGGAUGAAAUCGACAUUCCGUACUACGAGAACUUCAAGCAGCAAUACUGGAAUCACAGGGAGAUGAUGCUGGGAGAGGAGAGCAGCCAGACCGCCAAGAGGCUGAGCAAGAAAGGGAAGAAGUUCAAUGAUGAGAAACUAGAAAGGCCUCCAGAAUCGCCUCUUGUGGAUCCCACAGUAAAAUUCGACAAGCAGCCGUGGUAUAUUGAUACAACUGGUGGGACGUUGCACCCUUAUCAGCUAGAGGGUCUCAACUGGCUGCGGUUCUCCUGGGCGCAGGGAAUGGACACCAUCCUCGCUGAUGAGAUGGGCCUCGGGAAGACCGUCCAGACCAUUGUGUACCUUUACUCCCUUUACAAAGAGGGCCACUCCAAGGGUCCGUACCUGGUCAGCGCCCCCCUUUCCACCAUCAUCAACUGGGAGCGGGAGUUUGAGAUGUGGGCGCCCGAAUUCUACGUAGUCACGUACACCGGGGACAAGGAGAGCCGGUCUGUGAUUCGCGAGAAUGAGUUCUCCUUUGAGGACAACGCCAUCCGGAGUGGGAAGAAAGUUUUUCGGAUGAAGAAAGAAGCUCAGAUCAAGUUCCAUGUCCUGCUCACGUCCUAUGAGCUCAUCACUAUUGACCAGGCCAUUCUGGGAUCCAUUGAGUGGGCAUGCCUGGUGGUGGAUGAAGCCCACAGGCUGAAGAACAACCAGUCCAAAUUCUUUAGGGUGCUCAACAGCUACAAAAUCGACUAUAAGUUGCUUCUGACCGGAACGCCUCUGCAAAACAACCUCGAAGAGCUCUUCCACUUGCUCAACUUCCUCACGCCAGAGAGGUUCAAUAACCUUGAGGGCUUCCUGGAAGAGUUUGCGGACAUCUCCAAGGAGGACCAGAUCAAGAAACUGCAUGACCUUUUGGGACCUCACAUGCUCCGGAGGCUGAAGGCCGAUGUGUUUAAGAACAUGCCUGCCAAGACGGAGCUGAUUGUCAGGGUGGAGCUCAGCCAGAUGCAGAAGAAAUACUACAAGUUAAUCCUGACAAGGAACUUUGAGGCUCUGAAUUCGAAAGGUGGAGGCAACCAGGUGUCCCUGCUCAAUAUCAUGAUGGAUCUCAAGAAGUGUUGUAACCAUCCGUAUCUUUUCCCCGUGGCGGCCGUGGAAGCCCCGGUAUUGCCAAAUGGAUCCUACGAUGGCAGCUCGCUGGUGAAGUCGUCUGGGAAGUUGAUGCUGCUGCAGAAGAUGCUCAAGAAGUUGAGGGACGGCGGCCACCGGGUGCUCAUCUUCUCCCAGAUGACGAAGAUGCUUGACUUGUUGGAAGAUUUCUUGGAAUACGAGGGUUAUAAGUAUGAGCGGAUUGAUGGUGGCAUCACUGGAGGGUUGAGGCAGGAAGCCAUCGACAGGUUUAAUGCACCCGGAGCUCAGCAGUUCUGUUUCCUGCUCUCCACCAGAGCCGGAGGUUUGGGCAUUAACCUUGCAACAGCCGACACAGUCAUAAUUUACGAUUCUGAUUGGAACCCCCACAAUGACAUUCAGGCCUUCAGCAGAGCCCACCGGAUUGGGCAGAAUAAGAAGGUGAUGAUCUACCGCUUUGUGACGAGGGCGUCUGUCGAGGAGCGCAUCACCCAAGUGGCCAAGAGGAAGAUGAUGCUGACACAUUUGGUGGUGCGCCCAGGCCUUGGCUCCAAGUCUGGCUCCAUGACGAAACAAGAGCUGGAUGACAUCCUGAAGUUUGGCACAGAGGAACUGUUUAAGGACGACGUUGAGGGGAUGAUAUCUCAGGCCCAGAAAAUUGGCAUACCUGAGGCCAUGACCCCUUUCAUGGAGUCACCAGCCUCCAAAGGUGGGACGGUGACUCCUAGCAUGAAGAAAAAACAUGGCCCUGCUCCUCCAGGUGACAAUAAAGACGUAGAGGACAGCAGCGUGAUCCAUUACGAUGAUGCAGCCAUCUCAAAGCUCCUGGACCGCAACCAAGAUGCCACUGACGACACGGAGCUGCAGAACAUGAACGAGUAUCUCAGCUCUUUUAAAGUGGCCCAGUAUGUUGUGAGAGAAGAGGACGGUGUGGAGGAAGUUGAGCGCGAGAUCAUCAAGCAGGAGGAGAACGUGGACCCUGACUACUGGGAGAAGCUCCUGAGGCACCACUAUGAACAGCAGCAGGAGGAUCUGGCCCGUAAUCUUGGGAAAGGGAAGAGAGUCCGGAAGCAGGUCAACUACAACGAUGCCUCGCAGGAGGACCAAGAGUGGCAGGACGAGCUGUCUGACAAUCAGUCCGAGUACUCCAUCGGCUCUGAAGAUGAGGACGAAGACUUUGAGGAGCGGCCGGAAGGUCAGAGUGGCCGGCGGCAGUCCCGAAGGCAGCUGAAGAGUGACAGGGACAAGCCCCUCCCACCGUUAUUGGCGAGAGUCGGUGGGAACAUUGAGGUUUUGGGCUUCAACGCCCGCCAGCGGAAAGCGUUCUUGAAUGCCAUCAUGCGCUGGGGGAUGCCCCCUCAGGAUGCCUUCAAUUCCCACUGGCUGGUGCGGGACCUCCGGGGGAAAAGCGAGAAGGAAUUCAGGGCCUACGUCUCCCUGUUCAUGAGGCACUUGUGCGAACCCGGGGCAGACGGGGCGGAGACCUUUGCUGACGGUGUCCCCCGCGAGGGGUUGUCCCGGCAGCAUGUGCUGACCCGAAUUGGUGUGAUGUCGCUAGUAAGGAAGAAGGUUCAAGAGUUCGAACCUGUCAAUGGGAAAUACAGCACUCCUGACCUCAUCCCGGAAGGCCUGGAGAGCAAAAAGGGCGGGGAGGUUCUUUCUUCAGACCCAAACACGCCUGUCCCGGCCAGCCCAGCUCAUGGGCAGGUGGGGCCCACGUUGCAAACAGACAAAGCGGACCCGCAGCCAGGGAUCCCCCAAGAAAAAGAUCCAUUGGAGCAGAGGGCAAAAAAGCCACGGGAGAGCCAGGUGCCGGUGAACAGAGAGAAAGCGGAGAAGGACGAGAAGGAGGAAAUUGUGGUGGGACAAGCAAAACCGGGCGAAGAGAGCAUUGAAGAGGGCGAGAGGGUGGAGCCUGUCCCGGAGCAGCCAGCAAAAGCUCCUGCAGAUGAGACCUCCCAGGAGAAUGAAAAGCCAGCCGCAAAACCGGAAUCAAAUGCCAGCCCCUGUAAAGGAAGCAGUAAAGAAUCCAAGUCAGAUGAUGCCAAGGCAGAAGAAAAGGAGGUGUCAGAGGCUCAGCAGAAUGGAGAAAAGGAGGAGGAGGAGGAUGGGAAGAAGGACGACAAGAGUGGGAUCCGAUUCAUGUUCAACAUCGCUGACGGGGGCUUCACAGAACUGCACACGCUGUGGCAGAACGAGGAGAGGGCGGCUGUCUCCCCAGGGAAGAUUUACGACAUCUGGCACCGGAGGCACGAUUACUGGCUCCUGGCAGGAAUCGUCACUCACGGCUACGCCCGCUGGCAAGACAUCCAGAACGACCCGCAUUAUGUAAUCCUGAACGAGCCCUUCAAGUCAGAGAUCCACAAGGGUAACUACUUGGAGAUGAAGAACAAGUUCCUGGCACGGCGGUUCAAGUUGCUGGAGCAGGCGCUGGUGAUUGAGGAGCAGCUCCGCCGGGCAGCGUACCUCAACAUGACCCAGGACGCCAAUCACCCGGCCAUGGCCUUGAACGCCCGCUUGGCUGAAGUGGAGUGCCUUGCUGAGAGCCACCAGCACCUCUCCAAAGAGUCCCUCGCGGGGAACAAGCCCGCCAACGCCGUCCUUCAUAAAGUCCUAAACCAGCUGGAAGAGCUGCUGAGUGACAUGAAAGCCGAUGUGACUCGGUUGCCCUCCAUGCUUUCCCGCAUCCCACCUGUGGCCGCUCGCCUCCAGAUGUCUGAGAGAAGCAUCCUGAGCCGGCUGACAAACCGGGGGAGCGACCCCAGCAUCCAGCAGGCCUCUUUUGGCUCCUCCCAGAUCUACAGCAACAACUUUGGCCCAAACUUCCGUGGUCCAGGACCAGGUGGGAUUGUCAACUACAGUCAGAUGCCCCUGGGACCUUACGUGACGGAUAUUUAGCCGUUUGCGAGAGUUUCCUCUGCAGUUCUCAUUGCUACGAGAGCAACACCCAAUGGACCGCCCUUGAGCCACCCGGAUAAAAAGGUCCCCAAGCCCCUGAAAGAUGGUGCAACCUUAGACUGCAAGGGACAGCAUUGCAAUGUCAUCUGCAUCGAAGAUUGAAGGCCAGUCUUGGUGGCUCUGGGCUUGCUGUGUUCACAUCUCAAAGUGUUCUUCAAAACAAGGACAGCCCCCCUCAUCCCUUGGGCCAUUUCACAAACUUCCUUGAGACAGCAAGAUUUUCACUUCCUUGUAUCUUGGGUUUUUCUUUCGCACUUUCUUAUUGAGGACUUGAAAGGUUUGUUGGCUGGAUUGCAAAUGGAUUCUUCAGUUUUUAGCCUGGAUGCUGUUCCCCUUUCAUACGCAGCUGAAUGAGAAACUGGGAGCAGGUGCCAAUGUGCUACUCCUCCCCCCCCCCCCGACCUAGAUAUCUGUGGCAGUCAUGACUCAAGUGGAGAGCCUUGCUAAUGUCUGUUUGGCCUGUGCUUGGAGAAGGUACAAGCUCACUCUGAGCUCAGACGUUGAAUAGGCUAGGUUGGGUAGACUGAAUGCAGCUGCUGCUGUGUGUGUGUGUGUGUGUGUUGAGGAGGCUCUGAACUGUGGUUGUGCUCAAUCGAGAUACGUGUUCAAGACUGAGGAUGCAACCCGCAUUGGAACGAAAAAGCCAACUGAGGUUCAAAAAGGAAAUAUGGACACCAAGGUCUCUGCCCAGCCAAAGACUCCCAUCACUUUCUGCAGGAGUUAAUCGUUCAGUUAACUCUCUGUCCCAUUGAAAUCAGUGGGACUUCAAAGUGUUUAAUGUUGUUUGGCUAAUGGUCACGGUGUAAGAGAUUGAAGGCUUUGCAAGGGUCAAGCAAUGUGGUUUUUAAUUGGCCCCAGUAAUGAGGGAUAUGAAAGCACCAAGCAUGUCAUCUUCAAGGCCCAUCUCACAUGUGUGCAUCUGUUGCUUGAUUUCCCUCUACUCAGUGACUGUCAGGUAAAUUUGACUGCACCAAAAAGAGCUGUGGUGGUACAAAAGUUCCGUCUUUGGGGUUUGUGAAUGCUCAUUCCCAAGCAAUGCAACGAAGGCAUCAUGAUAUGGUCUGCUAUCAAGUGAUGAAUGUGCAUGUGUGAACCAGGCUUGGGGUGUACCUUGAUCACACUUAAAAGGAGAUGCAUUAAUGUGCAUUGGGAUGUGAACCACCACACAGUAGAAAGUCCUCAGUGCCCCUGAGCAAAAACCAGGGCGAGGAGACAAGGGGGUUGCAUCCCAAAGUGAAUCUACAAGUGCCCAGACAUGAAAACAUCAAUCCAGAAUUGUUGAUUUGAUUUUGUAGGUCCACCCCUUGCCAUGACCACUCUGGUCUUUCCCAUAAAAUGAAGACAGCUGUAUAUAACUCUUCCAGAGUAUAAUCUGGGCUUGGUCCCUUUCCACCUGUAUAUGCUUGAGCAAUCUGUUCAAAGGGCCUGGAUGCCUUCCUUUUUACCUCUGCCUCCACUAGCUCAUACAGAAUGUGCCAGUGUCCCCAUGCCCCUGUUGUCUAAAUCCCAAAAAUGUGCCCUGAUCUACGGAGAAUGCCCUCUGCCCUGGAUAGGUGAUGGCCGAAGUGAAGAAGGGAUCAGUUGCCCCAGGGUUCCAGGCAAACAGGAAGGCAAGGCAAGUUCAGCACCAUGGAGAGUGGUCAACCUGUGUGUUUGAAGACCAUGGUCAGCAAUCCUGCAGCUGACAUAGGCCAUCGAAGUUGUCUUAGCAAUGUCUUGGAGCAAACUUUAUAACCAAGGCUUAGUAUUCCUUUAAGUCAGGGGUAGGCAAACUAAGGCCCGAGGGCUGGAUGUGGCCCAAUUGCCUUCUCAAUCCGGCCCGCGGACGGUCCGGGAAUCAGCAUGUUUUUACAUGAGUAGAAUGUGUCCUUUUAUUUAAAAUACAUCUCUGGGUUAUUUGUGGGGCAUAGGAAUUCAUUCACCCCCCCCAAAAAAUAUAGUCUGCC